AUGGCGCUGGGGGCUGCCGAGAUUCUCCGAUGUCUACUAAAGGCUGGGAAAAAGUUGCUCCGGGAGGCCCGUACUCUCCCAUUCCUUGCUCUCCUGAGUUCCCGACCUGCACAACAGCCCCCAGAGCAGCCCCCUCUUCUCCAUCCAUCCCAAAUCCCGCAGAUCCCGGCCUGGGGGAUUGGAGGAGGCCCCUGGGCAGCAGGGAAGGAAGGAAAGGCCGGAGCGGCGGAGCUGGGAGGGGGCGGCCGCGGGAGCUGGCGGCGCCCCAAGGCGCAGCGCGAAACGGCCCGUUCCCGCUCGGAGCAAACAGGGCCCUUGGCCGCCGAGCGGAUUUUCCAUGACACCAUCGGGCCGGGCGCCCGCGCGGCCCCCGCCGGGGGGGCAGUGGGAGGCAGCUCCGUCCUCGCUCCCCGGCUCAUCCCGCAGGAUGCAGGUGGCUCUGGACCCUCCCCACGGUGCAAAUGCUACGGGCACGCGGCGCCCAGCACGGACGGCGGCAAGGUCUUCUGCAUGGUGUACGCGCUGCUCGGCAUCCCGCUCACGCUCGUCAUGUUCCAGAGCCUGGGCGAGCGCAUCAACACGUGCGUGCGCUGCCUCCUGCGCCGCCUCAAGAAGGGCCUGGGCAUGCGGCGCCCCGAGGUCUCCAUGGCCAACAUGGUCACCAUCGGCUUCCUCUCGUGCAUCGGCACGCUGUGCGUCGGCGCCGCCGCCUUCUCCUACUACGAGCACUGGAGCUUCUUCCACGCCUACUACUACUGCUUCAUCACGCUCACCACCAUCGGCUUCGGCGACUACGUGGCGCUGCAGAAGGACGAGGCGCUGCAGACCAAGCCGCAGUACGUGGCCUUCAGCUUCGUCUACAUCCUCACGGGGCUCACGGUCAUCGGCGCCUUCCUCAACCUCGUCGUGCUGCGCUUCAUGACCAUGAACUUCGAGGACGAGAAGCGGGACGCGGAGCAGCGCGCGCUGCUGGCGCGCGGCGCCGGCGCCACCGGUGCCACCGAGUGCCUCUGCGCCGCGCCGCGCUCCGCGCUCAGCUCCGUCUCCAGCGGCCUCCACAGCCUGGCCGCCUCGCAGGGCCUCUGCAAGCGCCGCAGCUCCGUGUAG